AUGAUAUUGAACAAUAAGGACAACUUUUUGAAUGCGAGAGAAGUGCCUUGUUUGCCACAGCGUAAAAGGUUUAAUGAAUUAAGUUUCCCUGAACUUGAGCGAGCUAUGACGGAGUGGAUGAAGCGAGUGAGAAAUUACAAUUUACCUAUGUCAAGACCAUUAAUCCAAGAAAAAGCUGCGGAGUUCGCGAAGGAUCUUGGCCUGAAAUUUCAAGGUAGCACUGGUUGGCUGGACAAUUUCAAAUACAGGAACGGAAUUGUAGAGAAAAUAAUAUCAGGUGAGAGUGCAGCUGUGGCUGAACUUAACUGUGAAGACAAUACCACGAAUGUACUGCCGAGACUACUGGAAGAAUAUGAGCCGGAAGAUACUUUCAACGUGGAUGGAUUUGGUCUUUUCUUUACAUGCUCACCAGACAGAACUGACAUUCAAAGGAGAUACUUGUCACAGAAAAAAGAAGAGUAA